AUGACGGGGGCUCCGCCUUACAAUCCUCAGUCUCCGACGCAGCAACCUCGUUUUCCCGUCUAUUCUCCUCCGAAUAAGAAUCGUUCAUACUAUCCCAACAAUGAUCAGUACCAGCAGCACCCUCCGCAGACACCGCCGGCUUUCGCUCCACAGCCGUCACUAUCUCGGAGUCCCCAUUACUCACAUGCGCCUUCGCCCUUACCAGCUACGCUACCUCCAUUAAACGGUGGUGCUCCUCCGCCAGGGCAUCAUUCGGAGCCUUCGUCGCAGUAUCAGGCACAUUCAUCGGCAGGGACGCCGCAGUUUUCAUUACCACGGCCAUAUUCAGCAUCGGUGAUGUCCAGCAACGGCGCAUCCCCCUAUAACCACUCCACUUCAUCUCACGCCCAUCCAUCGGCUCGCCUGGAAAGCCUAUCACAAUCGCCUCCAAAGAAAGAGACGGAACCACUCUAUUCCAUCGGAGGAAAUGGUGCUCCUGGAUACUCGUCAUCAAUGUUGCGAGAUUCCCGGCCGGCUUCUCCCCCUAGAGAAACGAAACAUGCUCGCGCUGCCGACCCCAUGUCAUUCGCCAGCAUUCUUUCGGGUCCGACUGAAGAGAGCUCCCCUAAAAAGCAGCCUUCCCUUCCAGAAGCCCUACCGGCCCCGGCAACCACAAUCACACCCGCACCACCAACCCUUGCCCCAGUGACAGCAACGAGAAGACUCACCCCACCUCCAGCGACGCACGUUCUUCCACCUACCUCCCAACUUAAAGCUAAGGAACCGGAACCCAUCUCCCCGGCAGCCUUGCCCCGACUUGAGAAGAAGCCGAGCGCCGAAAAACGUCGUCGGAAUGUGGAACAAGAACCCAAAUCCGCCGAAGCGCUUCCUGUCGCAUCUGCUAACGGUGCUUUCGAACCGACAAAAGCCGCUCGGGUCUCCAACCGCAAGACAUUAACAGAGCGAGAUGCUGAAAUCAUCAACAAGAUCAUCGCGGAGAUUGACAAUGCCGACAAGAGCGAUGUCGAGUCGCCUGGCUUUGAGGCGGAGUAUGAACGCUACAUCGUGAAGAGCAAGAAAAGGGCUUUAGAUGCGGAGAAAGCCGAGGGCAUCAGGCGCAAGCGUCGCCGUCACGAUUUCCUUGUCAAGCUCGGUAAAACUUUCGAGAAGCAGGCAAACGCGGGACUGGAUCGAUUCCGGGCCGCAAACGAAGCGUCGGUCAUCGCUGAAGUUCAAGCGAAGGAAAUUCAGGACGAAAAGGAACGCAAGAAGGACAUGCAGCGGAAGCGGCGCCGUGAGAAUACGGUGCGUUUGGAAAUGCAGAAGAAGCUUGAAGCGGAGCGCAAGGCAAAUAAGGCCAACGAUGCCGCCGAGAAGGCCAAAUUCCUCCGCGAGGCUGAAAGGGCCCAGAGAAAGAUCAAAUCGACCAAGCGAGCUCUCGAAGGUGUCACAUCGCCGGAGGAAAUCGGAGAGGUCACGCCCCUUGCUCCUAAUCUGGAAGGAGGCACUACCAGCUCAUUCCACAUCGGUCGCAGCUCCCCGUCGAGGCGCAAGUCUGGACGCUCGGGGACCUCACGGCCGAAGAAAUCCAAGGAGCAGAAGCAGGCCGAGAAGGAUGCGGCCGAAGCUGCUUAUGCUGCCAUGGAGAAUGACGAGCCCUUGCCUCUCGCUCCCAAGGAAGAUCCGAGAAAGGAGACCCUCAAGAAGGAGGCCAAGGGUGCACGUUCCAAAGAACCUACGCCUGCGCCCGUGUCCACGUUCGAGUCGAAGGGUUACAACCAGAUCUAUGAACAGAUCUGGCGGGAUAUUGCCCGGAAAGACAUCCCCAAGGUCUAUCGCAUCAAGACCCUUUCUCUCAGCACGCGUCAGGAAAACUUGCGGAAGACAGCUCAGCUCGCCAGUAAGCAGUCUCGCAAAUGGCAAGAGCGUACGAACAAGAGCAUGAAAGACACGCAAGCCCGCGCCAAGCGCACGAUGCGUGAAAUGAUGUCCUUCUGGAAGCGCAACGAGCGCGAGGAGCGUGAUCUGCGUCGUCUCGCCGAGAAACAGGAGAUCGAGUCCGCCAAGAAGGCAGAAGCAGAGCGUGAAGCCAAUCGUCAGAAGCGCAAGCUGAAUUUCUUGAUCUCCCAGACGGAACUGUAUUCUCACUUCAUUGGCCGAAAGAUCAAAGGGGCCGGAGCAGAUUCUUCUGGGGAUACCGCUGUCGACGGCUCAAAACUCCAACCUGGCAAAGCCGACCACACCAUUGAUCUGCCGCCUAGCGUCGCCGACGUGGGCACCAAAGUUACCAAUUUCGAGGACCUGGAUUUCGACGCGGAAGAUGAGACAGCUCUGCGGCAGGCAGCCAUGGCUAAUGCCCAGAAUGCCGUCAAAGAAGCUCAGGAGCGGGCACGUGCCUUCAAUGCUGAGGAGAACCCGAUGGCUGCUCUCGACGAGGGCGAACUGAACUUCCAGAACCCCACGAGUUUCGGCGAUAUCGAAAUCUCUCAGCCCAAGAUGCUCACGGCCAAGCUCAAGGAAUACCAGCUGAAGGGUCUGAACUGGCUUGUCAAUUUGUACGAGCAAGGUAUCAACGGUAUUUUGGCCGACGAGAUGGGUCUGGGUAAGACCAUCCAGUCUAUAUCGGUCAUGGCAUACUUGGCUGAGGUUCACAACAUCUGGGGGCCGUUCCUGGUCAUCGCGCCAGCAUCGACACUGCAUAACUGGCAGCAGGAGAUCACCAAGUUUGUUCCUGAUAUCAAGGUGCUGCCUUACUGGGGUUCGGCGAAAGAUCGCAAGGUUCUCCGGAAGUUCUGGGAUCGCAAGCACAUCACUUACACCAAAGAGUCAGAGUUCCAUGUCCUUGUGACAUCGUAUCAGCUUGUCGUCCUCGAUUCGCAGUACUUCCAGAAGGUCAAGUGGCAGUACAUGAUUCUCGACGAAGCUCAGGCCAUCAAGUCGUCUCAAAGUUCGCGGUGGAAGAACCUGCUCGGAUUUCACUGCCGAAACCGUCUUCUGCUCACUGGUACCCCGAUUCAGAAUAACAUGCAGGAAUUGUGGGCCCUUUUGCAUUUCAUUAUGCCGACCUUGUUUGACUCUCACGAUGAAUUCAGCGAGUGGUUCUCCAAGGACAUUGAGUCUCACGCUCAAAGUAAUACCAAACUUAACGAGGACCAGCUCCGGCGGUUGCACAUGAUUCUGAAACCAUUCAUGCUUCGUCGUGUGAAGAAACACGUCCAGCAAGAACUUGGAGACAAAGUUGAGAAGGAUGUGUUCUGCGACCUGACGUAUAGACAGCGGGCCUACUACGCCAACUUGCGGAACCGCGUCAGCAUCAUGGAUCUCAUUGAGAAGGCCGCUGUUGGCGAUGAAGCUGACAGCACGACACUGAUGAACUUGGUCAUGCAGUUCCGGAAAGUCUGCAACCACCCCGACCUGUUCGAGCGGGCGGAGACAAAGUCACCCUUCUCGGCCGGAUAUUUUGCAGAAACCGCCUCGUUCGUCCGCGAGGGACAGAAUGUGGAUGUUCGCUACUCGACGCGCAAUCUGAUUGAGUACAGCCUACCGCGCCUUUUAUGCAGCCCCAGUGGUCGUGUUGACAUGGCUGGGCCGGGCAAUGAACAGGCUGGUUUCCGAGGCAAAUACCUGCAGCACUUGAUGAACAUCUUCACCCCAGAGAAUAUCAAACGCAGCAUCGACGAGGAUGGUGGCUUUUCGUUCCUGCGGUUCGCCGACACCUCCAUCCAUGAGGCGUACGAGCAGUCCCAUCUCGGGGUCUUCGAGCGGGCGGUGCGCCGUCGUGGCCAGAGCAACAGACUGUCUCGCCUGAAUGUCAUCUACGAUGAUGAAGCGGAUGAGCAAACAACAAAGUCUGUGCUUCCUCAUUCCCUCUUCAAUAUUGUCCAGCGGAACGAUCGUCAGGCUGUCCGCGACGUUACCGUGGAGGGCUACAUGCGGGAUUUGAUGAAUGUUUCUGAGGCUACGUUCGAACGCGAAGGCCUAGACGUGAUUGAACCCAGCGCGAGCCCUGCGGCAUCCGCACCUCCGAUCACCAUCUCCUGCUCUGGUCAACAGGCCCUCAGGGAAACCCAGGAUACCUUUUUCAACGUCUCCGUUCGCCAUGCCCUCUUUAGCACGCCUUCUAGACAGAUGGAGGAGCAGAUCCUUGAGAAGAAGUUGGACCCCGCCCCAUUCUCGCUUCCACCCAUGCUGCCGAAGCCGAUAUCCACCAAGGGCGGUACACGCACAUUGAAGUUCCAUCCAUGCGGCCUGGGCAAACUGGACGAACUCCUCCGUGAACUCAAGGCAGGCGGUCACCGUGUGCUGCUGUACUUCCAGAUGACGCGUAUGAUUGAUCUGAUGGAAGAGUAUCUCACCUACCGCAACUACAAGUACUGCCGCUUGGACGGAAGCACCAAACUCGAGGACCGUCGUGACACCGUGGCCGAUUUCCAACAACGGCCCGAGAUCUUUGUGUUCCUCUUGUCUACCCGUGCCGGUGGUCUGGGUAUCAACCUGACUGCCGCCGACACCGUCAUUUUCUACGAUUCGGAUUGGAACCCAACCAUUGACUCGCAGGCUAUGGAUCGAGCGCAUCGUCUCGGCCAGACCCGACAGGUGACCGUCUACCGGCUCAUCACGCGCGGCACCAUCGAAGAGCGAAUCCGCAAGCGAGCCCUGCAGAAAGAAGAGGUGCAGCGCGUUGUCAUUUCUGGCGGUGCGGCCGGCGGAGUUGACUUCAACACUCGCAACCGCGACAGUCGGACCAAGGAUAUCGCCAUGUGGCUGGCGGAUGAUGAGCAGGCCGAACUGAUUGAGCAGAAGGAGAAGGAAGCGCUAGACCGUGGUGAGGUGUUUGGCGCUGGCAAAGGAGGCAAGAAGGCGGCGCAAAAGAGAAAGAAGGAUCUUACACUUGACGACAUGUAUCACGAAGGAGAAGGAAACUUUGAUGAUAUCAGCGCGAAGCCUUCGGGUGCGGCAACGCCUGUAUCAACUGCAGAUAACCUUGGCACACCCACGUCGACACCUGUUCCCAAGCGAGGACGUGGACGCGGCAACGGCAAGGGAUCGUCGAAGCGAGCCAAGACGACCACGGAGCGUUUGCGACUGAUUGAUGGUGACGGUGGACUGGAAAGUUGA